CACAGUCUUUUCUAGUGAGCUGCAGUCGGUCCUCUGCACCUCCAAAUGACGACCAAAUUCGACCCUAAUAAUGCUCAGAAUGCGAUCGAGAUCGAAAAGCAAUUUGCGGUUAAAGCGGUUGAGCAUGCACAAACCUACUGGAAUCUCCUCGAGAAGGUCCCUCCCCGCAAUCUAAAGCUCACAAAGCUAGACGAUGACAUCUUUGAGCACACAAUGCGGGACUUCCCGGAGCUCGCAGAGAACGACCACGAGAAGGUCACCAAGCUUGAUGAGGACUGGAUGAAGAGCAAGGAUGGCAAGGAACGGUGGCGAAAAUUCAUCCAAGCGUACGAGAAAACGGUCAAGGACUACAAUUUUGGGUCACUCAUCCGGACGGAUGCACGGGAGGAGUAUGGGGAGAAGAACACGAUCUUCGUGACGAGGAUGCAGUUCUAUGCCUUCGAGAUUGCACGCAAUAGGUUGGGUCUCAACGACCAGGCGCAUGAGCUCGCCAAGCAGGAGGCCGAGAAGGAGCGCAUGAAGGAGGCAAGAGAUAAGGAGAAGGGCAAGAAAAGGACUCACGGGAAAUAGCGCUGGAACUUUGUAUGAACAUUUGGUUAUAGACCUCAUGGCAUAGGGUGCGCUAUUGUGUCCAA